GAGGAGGAGGAAAAUCUCACGAGAUAAUGAAAGAAAAAGAGGAGAGCUGCUCCAACACAGAGUGAAAACAGGAGCUCGUGGAGAUUUGUUGUUUUUUUUCUCUCUCUCCCAAAAAAGGUCUGAAGCAGAGCUCGAAAAAAACGGAGACGGGAAAAAGGGGAGGGAGCGCGUGAGGUUUGUCAGUAACCGAUGUUUUUAUUUAUUAUUUUUAUAUCCCUAUUUUUUGUGCGCGCGCUGUGGUUCGGUGAAUGUAGCACCCCGGGGGCGCAGCCGGACCAAUUGUGUGAAUGUGUAGGUCUGCUCGGCGACACACGGUCGGAGAGAUGCGCAGGGCGGACAGCAGCCGCGGACGCGCUCUGAGAAGUGGAUAAAAAAAAAGGCACAAAAGGCACAAAGCUGUUCUGCCGGAGAACAGCUGAGCACCAAAGACAAACAGCGUUCAGAUGCACAAGUGAGAAUAAAAUAAACCAUCCGGACUCCUCAUGCUGCUGCAAACUUGUUUUCUAGGAGUUUGAGGGAGUUUGAAGACAGUACUUAAUGUUAUCAGAUAAUUAAUUAGACACCCCAUAAGCCCGGAAAUCAAUUAAUUCACAAAUCAAUAAAUCCAUAGUCUGGUGUAACAAGAGACCUUCCAGACUGUUAGCCUGGCUGUUGAACAACAAUAACAAGAGGACAGCAACAGCAUUAAAAAAAACGCUUUUAUUUGCUGAAAUUGAAGAUGGAUGGGGGUCUAGGGGAGAUGUCCCUCCACAGCCACUCGGAUCUGGCUCACAGCCAGGAUGGCAGGGCCAUGCUGCACUCGCGGGACCUCUCGGCUGCCUUCCCCAGGCCUUCCCUCGGGAGCUCCUCCAUGUCUCUGGAGCCGGAGCCCCGCGCGCCAGGCUACGACCACUCCAUGUCGGCGCUGGGCUACAGCGGCGACUCCCCGUCCAGCGCCGGCAGCACCUACACUACCCUCACCCCCCUGCAGCCGUUCGAUGAUAAGUUCCACCACCACCACCACCACCAUCACCCCUGCCUCCCCGUCAGCAACGUCAUCGGCAGCUUCACGCUCAUGCGCGAGGAUCGAGGCCUCGGCACCAAUUUCUACAACCCGUACGGCAAGGAGCUGGCCAUGACCCAGAGUCUGUCACCCCCCACCACGGGUUCGGGCCUGGGAUCCUCCAUGCACGGCUAUGGUGGUCUGGGCAAUGGCUCCAACGGGAGCAGUGGACAGAUGCUCCACGGCGGCUACGACGUCCACGGGGGGAGCCUGUUCUGCCGAACGUCAGAUUUUGGCCGAGAGAUGUCCCCACCAGGCUUGGGAGGAGGCGAGGUGUCAGUCGGGCAUCAGCUGAACAAAAUGGAGGCCCACCAGCACAACCCCAGCCACCACCCUCACAUCUACAGCCAGCACUACCAGCCUCACCACCACCCAAGCCAGCAGGUGACCAAGAUGGGCGAGCACCUCCACUCUUCGUCACCCACCGCGUCCUCGCCCGGCGAGGGCAUGCUGCCCGGCUCGCAGGGCGGCGGAAGCGGCGGCGGGGAGGAGAUCAACACCAGGGACGUGGCCCAGAGGAUCAUCACCGAGCUGAAGAGGUACAGCAUCCCCCAGGCCAUCUUCGCAGAGAGGGUCCUCUGCAGGUCGCAGGGCACGCUGUCCGACCUCCUGAGGAACCCCAAGCCCUGGGGCAAGCUCAAGUCUGGCCGCGAGACCUUCAAGAGGAUGUCUCGUUGGUUGCAGGAACCCGAAUUUCAAAGAAUGGCCUCGCUCCGGCUGGAGGCCUGCAAGCGUAAGGAGCAGGAGCAGAGCAAGCUGGAGCGCAACCAGGGCCCCAAGCGCACCCGGCUGGUGUUCACGGACCUGCAGCGGCGCACGCUCAUGGCCAUCUUCAGGGAGAACCACCGGCCCACCAAGGAGCUGCAGGUCACCAUCUCCCAGCAGCUGGGCCUGGAGCUCUCCACCGUCAGCAACUUCUUCAUGAACGCUCGCCGACGCAACCUCAACAAGUGGGCGGACGAGGGGCGCCCCUCCUCCACGGGGUCCUCGGGCUCCAGCGUCUCCUCGUCCGCAGUGUCCUGCAGCACUGCGUGACCCCCCCCCACCCCCCCCCACCCAGACCGUCCGGGAAGGGCGCGCCACGGGAGGGAGCAAGGAGGCACAUAGACUGGUCUGAGUGGAGAUCAGCCGUUACACAUGUCCUCCUCGUUAUUAGAAGGAGCGACGGAGCCAGCUCUUAGAGAUGAUUCUAUGAAGAUGAAGCCCCCCCACACCCCCACCAAACCAAAGUUGAUUGCCUCUUUGAAAUGGAAGGAGGCAAAGCCCAGAGUGAUCCAGCGGCGGGACGCGAGGCCCUGCUUGUACAAAAGGUGCACAGAUGAUUUGACUCAAACACUCUCACACCCUUACAUAGACGCCAUCUCAUUGCGUUAUUUUGAUUGUGUAGUUUUUAGAGACAAUGAGGGUAUCACAAAUCAGGAGGAAGCAUAUUUUGAUGUACCUUCAAAUUUAUUUUUCAUCUCUCCAAACCUGAAGAAUCAAGAGGUGAAGUUUGCUCACGUCUGGAGAGCUCCAUUGUUUUUAAUCAAACGUGAAAACCGUUGUCCAAAGAUGUUAACCUUUACCCCGAGUCCUCCUAUUUUUCCUCGAGAAUCAAGGUGAAAGAGGAAGAAAAGGCUUUUUUUUAAUUCCCUUUUUGUUUUAGCAUGUGUUUCCUUGGUGUUGGACUGUAUGGUGCUGUUUCAAGUUUGGAGCCUGGGAUAAUCAGGAGGGUUCUGUAGCGUCUGUAAAUCCCAGCCGUCAAUCAUUAACCACCAAGAGCAUCUAAGGCAUUUUGUCAAAAUGGUCUCAUCUUGAAUUAAUCAGAGGUUUCAAGGGGGAUCUACAGUGCAUCUCGACGUACGCCGGGACAAAAUCAAUAAACACAAGUAGGACGCCAAAACAGACUUGUUGAUGCAACCGUUUAGCUUUAAGACUCUCGCUGAGCUUCCAAAGAAAAGCUCCACAGCCAUUUUAUAACACCAAGACCAAGCCACAGAAAAGAAGCAGAAAGGUUUUGAAGGGAAGAGGUUCACCUGACGAAGUGUACAGUGACGUUUUAGUAUUUUUUCGAAUCAUUUCCAAAGUAAACUGUCAACACACACCUCUGCUCCGUUCUGAAACCUUUUCCUUUUUUUCUUUUUUUUUCUUCUUCUUUUUUACAGAUGUCUAGAAAAUGGAGGAAUGUGAUUCUUUCUGCCCUUUUUGUACAGAUUUCAAGCACAUCGAUCUAUUUAUAGAACCACGUUGGAAGUGCGGGGCAGUUUGUUUCAGCCCUGCUGACGUACAAGGUCUUUUUUUUUUGGUCCACGAAGGAACGGCUUUAACACGCCUCCUUAUAACCAAAAGAUGAAUCAAACCAAGAACAUUUCAAAUGCAAUUACUGACCUGAUCAUGCUAUUUAUUUCUGUAUUUGUGUAUUUAUUGAUUUUCCUUUUUUCUCUUUCUGUAUUUAUUUGGUAAUUUAUUUAUGCUAUCUAUAUACUGUAAGUAUUUAUUUAACAAUGCUCUGUAUGUCUGUGUGAAACUUAAGACUUUUUUCUGAUGGGCACUUUUAGCUGUAGAAUCCCAUCGUAAUACCAAAGAUUACCAUUGCCUCCCUGAAUGUACGGCCUGAAUCCCUGAACCCAGUACCCGAUCCAAACCCAGUCCAACCCGAUCCACCCAGUGAUGUUGCGUAUUUCUCGAUCCUGAAGGCCUGGCCUUUUUGGUUAUUUUUAUUUUAUUUUGUAGACUAUUGGGGAAUUCUUUACUCUUGCAAAUGUCUCUGCUGUCAGAUCUUAAUGCCAAGGCCAAAGCUUGUUUGAAUGUUGUGAUAAUAUUUAUAAUUAAUAAUACUAUGAAUAAUAAUAGUGACAAAGACGAUGUGGCAUCCCAUGGAUUUAGAAGUUGCUUGUAAAGUCAUUUUCAGACCAGCGUCACCCGGAGGUGUGCGUCUUUGGGGUCCAGGGGCCCAGGGGA